UUAAAAAAGGAUAGAUGAAGUAAAGUAAAGUGGCCUUGAUAUAACAUCUGAUUUAUUCCUGUAAAAAGCAAAGUGUACUUAAUUAUUCUAUAAUAUAUUAUUUAGAAAAUUUAACUCCGGAAAACAAAAUAUAUUUUUAAUUAACUUAAAAAAAUAAUCGGUGACAGUAACGGUAAUUUUAAAAAUAGUAACAAGAUUCAAAUCCAUCACUAGUUUCAUAUAAUUAAUUAUUUUAAAAAUCCAUUUCUACGAUAAUGUUUUCGAAAUAAAUUUUUAAAAAUACGUCAAAAUUAUUUCCUUAAAAAGAAAACGACGAAAAAAAAUAAUAGUUAAAAAUAAAUUUUUCACAUAACAGUAAAAUAAAAAAUAUAAAAAUAAUAUAUCUAUAAGAAACAAUUAAAUUUAAACGAGUACAUUAUCAAUAAAUUGAAAAUUUAUAAAAAAAAGAAGAAAAAAAAAAAUUUAAUGCUUUGUGGAGGUUAAUUAUUUGUGAUAUAUUAUAAUGCGAUCAGUAGUGAAUGUCGAAUUAAUUGGAAUUUAUGUACUUCGGGUUCUUUGUUGGUGUUGCGCUGAAGUAAUUGCUAGUGGUGGUGCAUUAGACGCUUCAUCUAGAUAUCAUACGAGGUCUAGUGAUGGAUCAAAUCAUAUUAGUUCAACAACAUUCUCACCAACAUUUACUGAGGGUAUCGCUCAAGCUGUUGCACACGAUACCUUGCAGUCUCCUGUGGAUAAUUGCAAUGACGAUUUAGCAUGCAUUACAAUGGCAUCUCACGAUCGCUUAGGUUUAGAAGCUAUCAAAACGCUACAUAGUCAAUUAGAUGAUGAUGCUGAUGGUGAUGUCGAUUUAUCAGAAUCUGAUGACUUUCUCAGGGAAGAGCUGCAGUAUGAGGCUGGAUAUGAACGACGUCAACGUGCUUUUCAUCACAACGAUGAUAUGCAUAUUAGUGUUAGAGAAUUAUGGGAGGCUUGGCUGAGAUCUGAAGUUCAUAAUUGGACAAUUGAACAGACUUCCGAGUGGUUGACCACAAACGUUGAGCUUCCACAAUAUGUGCCGAAUUUUAUACAACAUCGUGUUACCGGAGCAACACUUCCUAGAAUGGCUGUGAAUAAUAUGCACUAUCUUAAUAAUGUCUUGGGUAUCAAAGAUCCUAUUCACAAACAAAAAAUUGCACUGAAAGCUAUGGAUGUGGUCUUGUUCGGGCCACCUAAAGAUUCCGGUCAUAGUUUGAAAGAUCUGAUAUUAAUAACGUUAUUGUUUGGAGCGUUAAUCGGGUGUUGGUAUGCAUAUCAGCAAAAAAAAAGCUCGCAGAAGCAUUUAAGAAGAAUGAUGAAGGAUAUGGAAGGUCUUCAUAAAGCCGAAUUAGCGUUAGAAGAUUUACAGAAAGAACUUGAAAGGGCGAGAUUAGAACAAGAAAAUGCUACAACAGCCAAACAAAAUCUAGAGAAAAGACUUCAAGACGAAAGUAUGGGCUUACAUACGUCUUAUUCAGAUCUGGAAGUAUCACAAUUGAAAGCUGAGAUCGAAAUGCUGAAAAUGGAACUUCAACGCGCAGAAGGAGAACUAGAAGAUCGCUGUUGGUCACCACCCGUUGGAUUACAACAUUGGUUGCAAUUAACUCAUGAAAUUGAAAAUAAAUCUUACACGAAGAAAAAAAUAUCUGCGGAAAAACAAUUACAACAAGCGCGCGAAGCAUGUGAAAAAUUACGGAAAAAACGAUCAAGUCUUGUCGGAGCGUUUGUAUCUACUCACGGAAAAUCAAUUGAUGAAGUAGACAAAAGCAUCGUUGAAGCGAGAACAGCAUUAAAUGAAGUAACAGCUGAACUACAAGAACGAGUGCAUCGUUGGAAACAAAUGGAACUCCUGUGUGGAUUCAAUAUAAUCAACAAUAACGGCCUUAAUUAUUUAGAAAAUAUUUUAUAUCGCAGUGCACAGAAUGGACGCAGCCUAGGAGUACGAGGACGAAUGAGUAGUAGCCAAGAUGAUUUAGAUGAUGACGGAGGUUCAUUGUAUGCACAAUCAGUUUCUGGUGCUGCAGGGACAUUAGAGAAUGUUGGUUGGAAGGAAUCAUCUUUACCUCCAGAUUCGUCGAGUAGUGAAACAGGAAAAGAAACGCCGCCAGAAGUACAUUUUACGUUAGGUGACGAUGAUCCUGCAACACAACCAUCAUCCAAAGCAUCAUUAACACGUGAUAAAUCAUCAUCAAUGGUUCGGUCUUUUAGUCACGACGCAAAUAUGAUUAGCGAUGAAACUAGAAAUAGCACGACAUCAUUAUCAAAAACUUCACUUUCUGAUAAUUCACUUAUGGAAUCUUCGGAUAAAAAAACACGAAAGUAUUUACGUGAUUUGCCAACUGUUAUGUCCGUUGAUGAUGAAACAUUAUCAACAGAUUCAAAUUCAACUGCUGAUAAUGACGAAAUUAAACGACGGCGAAGAAAAUUGUUUCCCGCGUUCAGGAAGAACAAAGGAAAAAAUACGUGAUUAUCAAAAAUAUGGUUAAAUUCAAUAUAUUAAUAAUAAUUUAUAAUAAAAUCAAAGCUUCCGAUUGCAAUUUUCCGAUAUUUGAGAAUUUCUCAUACUGAACAUAAAUCAAAAACGACCCGAAUUUUUUAAAAAUUUAAUUGCCUGAACAUUAAUCAUAAUUAUAUGUGUGAGGGAAUAAUUAAUUUAGAUUCAGUUAAAAGAAUGUGGAAUUAGCUUAUUACAAAUUAUUUGAAUUUAUAUCGAGUUUACCCUGAUUAGAAACUCUGAUUGAAUCUGGAACUCAAUAGAAUUUAUAUCAGAUCUAAUUGGAAACAAACGUCCAAUCAGAAUUACUCGGAAGCGUGCUAAUUAUCCGAUUGAAUUUCAAUUAAUUCAAUCGGAAAAUAUUUUUUUUCAAUUGAAUCUGAUUGAAAUUUUUUAAUCAGAUUCAAUCGGAAAGUAAUUUUGACUUUUCGGAUUUCUAAUUAGCUUUCAAUCGGAUUCAUUCGGAACUUUUUUAUUAAAUCGAAUUAAAAUUGAAUGAAAGUCAAUUGGUAAUUUCCGAUUAAUCCGAUUAAUUAGAAUUUCCCAAUCGGAUUAAAUCGAAAAAUAAGAAUUUGAUUUUUCCGAUUAACGUUACGAUUAAAACUGAAUGAAAGUCAAUUAGAAAUUUCGGAUUAAUUCGAUUAAUUAGAAUUUUCCAAUUGGAUCAAGUCGAAAAAUAAGAAUUCCCUAGUGGAAAUUUUUCGUAAUUUCCUCUGCAAAUUCAGUUCUAAAGUUCUGAAGACUUUUUCAGAGAAAAAUCCGAAAAAUUUCCACCAGGGUUUGAUUUUUCCGAUUAACGUUCCGAUUAAAACUGAAUGAAAGUCAAUCGGAAAUUUUUGAUUAAUCCCAUUAAUUAGAAUUUUUUAAUCGGAUUAAAUCGAAAAAUAAGAAUUUGAUUUUUCCGAUUAACAUUCCGAUUAAAACUGAAUGAAAGUCAAUCGGAAAUUUUUGAUUAAUCCCAUUAAUUAGAAUUUUCUAAUUGAAUUUAAUCGGAGUUUUUAAUCAGGGCUUUGUAGUUAACAAAAUUUUCGUUUGAAUACUAAACCAUUGAUCUGAAAAAAAUAAGUUUUUGUUAUUAAACUUUUUAAUCAAAUUUGAAGCCUUAUCAGAUUGAAAGUACACAAUAUUUUUAUACAAUUUUUAAUUGUAUCAUAAAAAUAAAUGUUUAUUUUCUUAUGUGACUUAAUAUCUAACUGUUAUAAUAAUAUAGGGCUUCAUAUUUUAUCCUAAAUA